UGUCCCAAAAGAAACAAAAUCCAUCCUCGCGCUGCGCGACGCCACCGGACUGGGCCAGAUUUUGCGCGCGCUGAAUUUUUGGACUGCGCCGGCACGAUUGCGCCCGCUCGCCGACUUUGUCGCCUUUGCGCAUGCGGGCAGCGAUUCGUUGCGCGUGCGCAGUAGCUUUCUUCCUCCCCGAGGCGAAUUUUCCAGAUCGGAGGCGAGCAAGGCCGAGGACGUCGCCAUUUUCUCGUCUCCUCGGACCGGGACGGAAAGCGAAUCGGACGGGCCGGGCCGGGUCGCCUGGGAGGAGGAGCGGCCGGCGGCUUACGGGGCGGAGAUGAGCGAGCGGGCCGCGGCGAGCUCCUGGCAGGACGAGGACGAGGACUUCAAGGUGGGCGGGGCCAGGGGGCUGGGCUCCAGGCCCAGGUUCUCCUUCUCGGAGAUCAAGAUGCUGCUGCAGGAAGUCAGGAGGAACCGAUACAUCCUCCUCAGGAAGUUUAAUCACGGCGUGUCGGCGGAAGCCAAGAAACAAAAGUGGGCCGAGAUCACGGAGCAGAUCAACGCCCUCGGAGAGAACCGCCGAGAGGUACGUCAGAUCAUGAAGAAGUGGGCCGACCUCAAAUGCGACGGCAAGCGCCGACUGGCUCUCCUGCGAGCUCCCAACGGCUCGGCGGGGAGGAGGAAGAGGAAGUCUCUGGACUCGGUGGAGAAGAUGGUCCACGGGAUCCUGCUGAUGAGUCCGACGGGAGACGUCGUCAGCGACGUGGACGGCGAAGACGAGGACGCCAAGUCGUGCGCUCCGGGAAGCGACGACGCCAGCCGCUGCUACGCCUACGUGGACGCCAACAACGGCCCGCUGUCGCUCCCCGGGGGGCUGUCCCUCGACUUUUCUCCGCUGUCGUCGCCCGACAAGGAGCUGAGCGGAGACGCCUUCCGCUCAUCGGACGACGACGACGACGUCGUCGAACCUUCCAUGGACUGCGACGACAACUCCACCUUCUCCGUCCAGUCGUCCUUCGCGCCGCCCAAGCUGGUCCACACGUACUCGCGCCAGAACCGCAACGCCUCCAAAGAGGGCGACGCCGACUCGUCGCCCGCUUCGCCGCCGCCGCACUCGAGCUCCGCCUUCCCCGCCUUCUCCUCCUCGUCCUCCCCCUCGCUUCUUCCUCCCGCCGCCGACGACGACUCCUCGCGGCCGGCGGCAUCCUCGCGCUCGUCCGACCGCCGCCCGCGCUCGCCGGGGCCGGACGGCGGCUCGGCGCGACCCGACCCGCUGCCGUCCGGCGCCGCCGGCGGUCCGGGGCCCGACGUGUUGGCCCAGUUGGCGUGUCACAGCGUGCGCCAGCAGCGCGCCAGUCGUCAGCUGCUGGCGUCGGUGUCGCGCUCGCUGGAGACUUUGGCGCAGUCGUUGCGGGCGCUGGUGGAGAGCCAGCAGGAGUUCGUCAGGCAGUCGCUGAGCUUGCAGCGGGAGACGCUCGGCGUCCUCAAGACCUUCUCGGGCGCCGCGCUCGCCGUACUGAGAGACGCCAAGACGCAAGGACCCGCGCUGCGACCCGACAAGAUGGCCGACAUGAGCGCGUGACGGCGUUCGGGGGAGCCCGUUCGACAAACAUUUUUCUCCCCCACUUAGAUUUUUUUUUUUUUUUUUUUCCCCCUCUCGCUCAUAGAAAAAG